CGAUAAUUUGGCAAAGGUGCAGUAGAGGUAAACAUUGGCGGGCUUUACAGAAACGGCGCCGCGGGUUGGUCACUUCUAGGGCAUGACACCCCUUGGCACCGCUUGGCACCGCUCCCUGGCACCCCGCAGCUCCAGGGCCUGAGGAGGAGGACGUGAGGCCUGAGUGACACCGAGGAGAGAGGGAAGAAGACGUGCUAUGGCGGGCGGGGACGUGGCCAGCAGGGAGGUGGAGGAGGGGGAGGAGGGCGCGCCACCCACCACCGAGGCAGCCAAGGGUAUUAAGGCUAUCGACAAGACUACUGUUCAUCGCAUCUGCUCAGGACAGGUGGUGCUGACGCUUGCCACAGCAGUGAAGGAGUUGGUGGAGAACAGCUUGGAUGCCGGAGCGACCAGCGUGGAUGUGAGGCUGAGGGAAAACGGCGCUGCUCUGCUGGAGGUGGCGGACAACGGAAAGGGGGUGGAGGAGCAUGACUUUGAAGGACUGACCCUCAAGCACCACACCUCCAAGAUACAAGACUUCGGCGACCUGGUUGGGGUCAAGACGUUUGGGUUCCGAGGGGAGGCGCUGAGCUCCCUGUGUGCCCUCAGUGACCUCACCAUCACGACCCGACACGCCUCCGCCCACGUGGCCUCCAAGUUGACCUAUGACCACAAUGGAACGCUGACCUUGAAAAGCGCGACCUCCAGACAGGUUGGCACCACCGUCACCCUCCAGGGCCUGUUCUCCACGCUGCCGGUCCGUCACAAGGAGUUCGUGCGCAACAUCAAGAGGGAGUUCAACAAGAUGGUCCAGGUCCUCUACUCCUACUGCCUCAUAUCCACAGGCGUCAGGAUAACUUGCACCAACCAGAACGAGAAGGGGAAGAAAACCGUCGUCGUCUCCACCGGCGGGCAUCCCACUAUUAGGGAGAAUCUCGUCUCCAUAUUUGGGGCUAAGCAGGCUGCCGGUCUGCUCGAGUUCCAGCAGAAGUCAGCAACUCAGGAGGUCUUGGAGGAGUAUGGGAUAGCAGAGGCAGCAGCAGAGGCAGCCAAACCUCAGUUCACCCUUGAAGGCGUCGUGUCCUCCUGUGCCCAUGGUCAAGGCCGCUCCUCCACCGACAGGCAGUUCUAUUUCAUCAAUGCCAGACCUUGCGACCCUGCCAAGGUGACGAAGGUGGUUAAUGACGUCUACCACCAGUACAACCGCCACCAGUCUCCGUGUGUGGUGCUCAACAUCCGUCUCCGCGAGGGCGACGUCGAUAUCAACGUCACACCAGACAAGCGACAGAUCCUGGUGAGCCGUGAGAAGCUGCUCCUUGCGACUAUAAAGACAUCCCUGGAGCAGCUCUACGAACACAUCCCAAACACAUUCGCCAUGAACAACACAUCCCUCACACCCUCGCGGAACCUACCCAGCCCAGGCCCAGGACUCACCCCAAGCCCACGCCCCUCCCCAAGCCCACAGACCCCCACAUCGGCAAAGUUAUCGGCAUUAACGCAGAGGUUUGGGCGGCACUCGUCUGGCAGUCCGCAGCUCCAACCUGGCACUCCCAUUUCUGGACUGAAGCGAUCGUUGGUGGCGAGUGGAAUGGUCACCCCCAGCCCGGACAGGAAACAACCCAAACUGAUGAACUUCCUGAAGCCGUCACCACGAGAGGGCACCACCACUGACCCCCCAGACCUUACCGAUGGCGUGUGUCCUCUGCCAUCCCCUACUGAAGAAGAGAAGAUGGAGGAGGAAGAGGAGGGCAGGACACAUACACAUACACAAGGGGACACAGAGGCAGAGAAUCACCACAAUCACCACCCGGAAGAAGAAGGAGGUGGUGGUGAUAGGGACGUGUGUAGUGAGGUGAAUGGUGACGCUGAUGGUGGUGAUGGUGAAGGACCGAACACUGCCGUCAACCAAAGCGUCACAAGUCCGAACGAAAAUGGUGACCUGGAAUCUGAGGUCAAACGUAAUGGUGACCUUGACAGUGAACGUACGGGUGAGGAAGAUGGGGAUAACAACACCAGUGACCCAUCUACGACACUUAACGACGACGGCGGUGAUGAUGGUGUCAAGGACGAUGCUUUGAACAACAUCGCAAAUUCAGAAAACGAAACCAACAGACACACCACCUCCACAUCCUCCACCUACUCCACCUCAAAGGGAGGGUCAACAAAGCCUACGAACGAUACAUCAAACAACAUCACAACUUCAGAAGACAAAACAAACGGUCACAUCACCUCCGCUCCCUUCUCCGCUCUAUCCUCCUUCUCCUACUCGCCUUCCGUAGGGCCCAACGUGAAGUCCGCCCAAGUCACCCCAGUCUCGGGCUCCUCGUCAAAGUGUACCAAAAUCCACAGUGCCACAAAUAACUUCUUGAACAGCCUGAAGGCCAAGCGUUGUCUAAUCAAGAGCGGCAGAGAUGGCAGUGAGGGCAGGAAGACAGGAGGAAGGAGUGAGGAGAACGGAGGAAUAGAUGAGGAGGUGGAGGUACUGCAUGAGGGGGAAGAAGGAGGAGGAGGAGGAAUAGGAAGACAGGACAGUGAGGGGAAAGGAAGAGGAGGAGAAGGAGGAAUAGGAGAGGAACAGAAUGGUGAGGGAAAUGCAAGAGGAGGAGAAGGAGGAAUAGGAGAGGGACAGGACAGUGAGGGGAGAGGAAGAGGAGGAGGAGGAGAAGAGGAGGAGAAGGAACACAAAACACCAAAAAAAAUCAUAAUCUGUGAGGAAUAUAACACAAAGGGACUCACAGAACAGAGGCGGUGCAAGAACAUUCCCUUCGACAUUGAGUCCCUGAGGAGGAGACUGAGGAGGAGGGCGAGGAAGGACAAGGAGGAGGAGGAGGAGAAGCAGAGGCAGUUGGUCAGGAGGUUCCGGGCCAAGAUUUCGCCGACAGAUAAUUCAGCGGCGGAGGACGAACUGAAGAAGGAGAUAUCGAAGGAGAUGUUUGCGAAGAUGGAGAUCCUUGGGCAGUUCAACCUUGGCUUCAUCAUCGCACGCCUCAACCAGGACCUCUUCAUCAUCGACCAACACGCCACCGAUGAGAAAUACAACUUCGAAACCCUCCAACAGACCUGCACGCUCCGGAACCAGCGCCUCAUUGCCCCGCAGACCUUGGAGUUGACGGCCGUGGGCGAGGCGACGCUUCUCGACAACCUUGAGAUCUUCCACAAAAAUGGGUUUGAGUUCAACGUGAAAGAGGAGGAGACGGUCGGUCGUAGAGUCAGCCUCGUGUCCAUGCCAGUGAGCCGAGGGUGGGAGUUCGGCCGCAGCGAUGUCGAGGAGCUGAUUUUUAUGCUGUCGGACGCGCCGGGGGUGAUGUGCCGGCCGUCGCGAGUGAGGGCCAUGUUCGCCUCACGUGCCUGCCGGAAGAGUGUGAUGAUAGGCACCGCGUUGAGUCAGCAGCAGAUGAAGACGCUGGUGGGCCAUAUGGGCGAGAUCGAGCAGCCCUGGAACUGCCCCCACGGCCGCCCGACGAUGAGGCACCUGGUUAAUCUGGAGUUGGUGAGGCCGGUGGAGUGCCAGGAUUAGUGCCGGGGUAGUGCCGCUGACUUACCUUACCUCUCUCUGUGUCUUGUUCUUUCCUCUGACAAGAAUAGGGUAGUGUGUCUUCCUCCUCCUCCUCCUUCUCUCUCUCUGUCUCGUCCUUUCUCCUGUUUCCUCCGACAAGAAUAUGGUAGUGUGUCUUCCUCCUCUCGUCCUCUCUUUUUUUUCUUCCUUUCUCUUUGUGGUUGUCUCUCUUCUCUCUUUCCUCCAUUAGUGUUUCUCCUUCUUCUCUUCAUCCUUCUUUUCAUUGUCUUUCAUCCCUUUCAUAUCCCUCAUCUUCCCCGUUUUCACCUUCCUCUUUUAUUUCAUCUGAUUCUUGUCUCUCUCAUUCAUUGUCUCUCCAUCGUGGUAAUUCUGCAUUGUCAUUUCCAUGUUAUUUUCAUUUUAUCAACAAAUUUUCAUCUAGAUUUUAAUAAUUAGAUUUUUUUACCCUGUCUGUCCCCUUUGUUCUUCCUAGCUAGUUAGUUUGUUAGUUAGUAGAGUAGUUGGUUGGGUAGUUCGUAUCUUGCACUCUUCACAAACCACUCUCACCCACACUCUUGGGAACCCUUCUUGAGGUGCAUAAUUUUAACUUUCAUUUCGUAUAUUUUCUCACCAGUUCAUGAAUUAUUUUUGUAUUAUUCUCAAUGUGUGAUUUUAUUGUGUCCUAUAAAGCCAGUGACUCAAGGAUGGUGACUUUGAAUUAACAUGAGUAGUUGUAAGGCAUUGCAGGGGACCACUUGUACCUGAGUAGUGCGUAGAAGUGAUGGGAAGAACAGUGAACACCAUUGCCAGAUUAUCGUACCCAGAGGACCAUAUUUACCAGUGACUCAAGGAUGGUGACUUUGAAUGAACAUGAGUAGUUGUAAGGCGUUGCAGGGGACCACUUGUACCUGAGUAGUGCGUAGAGGUGACGGGAAGAGUAGUGAAGAAUUGACUGGGCUGAAGGUGGAGUAGUGUACAAAUAUUAACAGCACUGAACCUUGCUUGUCUCACCUCCCACUAACAAGUACAAAUAUUAACAGCACUGAACCUUGCUUGUCUCACCUCCCACUAACAAGUACAAAUAUUAACAGCACUGAACCUUGCUUGUCUCACCUCCCACUAACAAGUACAAAUAUUAACAGCACUGAACCUUGCUUGUCUCACCUCCCACUAACAAGUACAAAUAUUAACAGCACUGAACCUUGCUUGUCUCACCUCCCACUAACAAAUAACAACUCGUAACUCUGACCGCCUGUAUUCAGUUCAUUUUGGCAAGGCUGCUGAUGAUGGCUUAGUCUUGGUGGGUCCACUUUCUGCUAGGAGAGAGCCGGGGGUUAGUGGAGCCAGAAUUGAUAUAUAGUUCAGUGACAGUGGACUUUAGGGCACAGACAACUGGGUUUAUUCCAAGUUCACCCUUCCCAUAAAAAAAGUUGAGCAUCAGAACACUACAUAUAAAGACUUUCAGGGGACAAGGGAUACACAGGAGGACAGCCAGUAAUAGGUAGGGUCAUCACAGACAGCGUUGCAUAUUGAGACUUUAAUAUUUAAUGAAUUUACUACAUAAAUACAGUAUGAGUGAAACUAAAGGAGUCUGUACACUUUUGCAUAUUCCUAACUUUUGACUACCUAACCUAAGUCAAUAAGAAGAGGAGGUUAUUAUUAUUAUUACAAGGUUGAAAUAAAUACAAAAACAACAACAGGUGGUGGCGUCAGUCACAGGUUUGAAACAGGUUGCCGGGACGAACGGAUUUCCUAGCGGGGAGAGAUUUUUCGAUGAACCACGGUUUUAUUUUUCCUCUAAAUAUUUUGCGUUAAUGCCGAACACUUGCUAGUAACUGUGACGCGAUGGUUCCUACAGCUUUGGGGGGGGGGGGGGGGGGGGUAACACAUGUUAGGGGGCGGGGCGAGUGGGUGGUGGGGAGGGUGGGGUAGGUAGCACAUUAGCCUGCAUUUCCCUUCUGUAUAAAGUCCCUAUUCUUAAACAUAUCAGCACCUCACUUCACCUGUUUCAAAAGCCUCAUAGAAGUACCUGGGAUUCACAUGGACUGUUUUGUGAUACCAGGGACAGUGUGACACGAUUUCCACAUCUCGAACGGCAAAAACAACCUUGAAAACCUGGUUAGUGGAACCUUCAUGGGCUGUUUUGUGAUGCCAGGAUAGUGUGACACGAUUUCCGCAUCUCAAACGGCAAAACCACCCAUGGAAACCCGCUUAAUCUUCUCAUGUGGCUCUGGAAAAGUCAUAAUGUGAUCCUGAUAUGUUUAGUAAUAUCAAUGCUGCAAGAUUGUCGUACUCAGCCGAUUAUAUUUCCCGACUUCCUGCCCCUAAACUUUCUUCUGGGCUCCACUAACGAAACUCAUUCAUAGUUAUCGUUAAAAGUGUUAGAUCCCGACGUUUCUUGGCAGUAGUUAGGCGUCAGAAACCGGUAAAUACUAUGCUCUGAGUACGAUGACCUGGCAACACUGAGUAAUAUUGACCUCGGACUCCAAACACAUGUGGCUCAACGGGGGUAGGAGGGAGGAGGGGGGGGGGGGGGAUGGUUUCAUUUCUCUGUUGAAGUCGUGUGUGUGGCACCGACUGACUGCUUGUGUCCAGGCCGACCUAUCCGCUAACUAGUGAAGCAAGAGUUAUCACAACAGUUCUAAUGAGUUAAUAAUAUAUAUAUAUAUGUACACCCAAGGCCAUCACGUAAUUGUCAACUACACUUGGAAAACGGUAGUCCUUAAAAACAAAUAAAAAAUAAAAGGAAUCGUAAAACAUCUCAGGGAAGUUAUUGCAGAGAGCGAAAAUGCGUUCCACUUCUAGCAGCUAAGAAUUGGAGGCUCUUAAGACGCUGACACAGUAUGAGGUGUUAGGGCGCGUCCACCACCCUUAGCGCACCCUUCCCGUCAGGACUUGCAUCGGAAAGCGUCACAGGAAAACUAAGCUGAGGUGUAUCCGUGAGAGACCAAUAGAAAGACGGAUAAUAAUGAACCUUUCCGAUCUUUCUUUCUUGUCUGAUGUCCAUAUUUUUCCUCAUGUGGUUGGGGUACCGACAAUCAUCCCUCAAACAGUACGGUUUCCAAUUGCUCAGUUUCAGUUUUAUGUGGAUUUUCAUGGAUUUUUUUAGGAUUUUUAAAUUUUCCGACAAGCAGGAAAUUUAAAAAUCCUUAAAAGAUCUAUGACAAUCCGUAUAAAACUGAACUAUUGGAAACUGUACUAUUUGAGGGACAACUGUAUUCUCUCCUUCCCAUGUCCUCCACACACGAUCUCCAGGUCUUCUGCCUUCUACCUAGUCUCCUCUUCUUCCUGGUGUUCCUCCUCCUCAUGUCUUCCCACACUGUCUCCUCUUCUCCCUGGUGUUCCUCCUCCUCAUGUCUUCCACACAGUGUCUCCAGGUCUUCUUUGUUCUUCCAGCUGGUCUCUUCUUCCACCUCCAUCUCCACAGCUCUUCUUCUCCCUGGCGAUCCUCCUUCUCAUGUCUUCCACCACACACUGUCUCCAGGUGGUCUUCAUUCUUCCAGCUGGUCUUUUCUACCUCCACCUCCACAGCUCUUCACCCUCUCAUGUCUUUCUCCACACACUGUCUCCAGGUCUUCUCCCGCCUUCCACCUGGUCUCCAUUUACACCUCCAUCAAUCUCCGCAGCUGUUCCGAGUACACAUUCCGACAAUCUCACGCAGACCACAGCUUAGUUUUCCGAGUCCUUCCCAAUGUGGUCCUGACGAGAAAGAUGCGUCAGGACAGGCAAACACAUCCCAGUUAUGAUAUUCAGUUUUUAGGAAGGUAGGAAGGGACUUAACUUCUUCUGUUUAGGAUAUACACAACUGGUGACUACACUUAGCCAGCCACAGUCUGUCAGUCUCCCUGUGGUGACCUUGGAAGCACUACUGGUGGGGUAGCAAAGUCAUUUUUUCCCUCAACAUAUAGCACCAUUUUAUUUAACUAACCCUCUUAACCUUAGAAUGCCUCACUCCUGCAUGUCUUAUUGGCGUAUACUCCAUUCGAACUAACCCAGGCCUUCCCAUGUCCCCCCAUUAUAAGCAUAUCAUCAGCGCCUCUCGUAGAAGUUGCUGGGAUUUUUAGGACGAUUUUGUGAUGCUGAGGAUAGUUUUACGUGACCUGCAUCUUGACCACCCAUGAAAACCAGGUCAAUCUUCUCUGUGGCCAUGGGAAAAGGUCGUAAUUGGAGCCAAAAACAACAAUAUCGACCUUUAACUUGCCCCUUCUCAAAUACAGGCGGAAUGUCACUGGUGGCUCUGGGAAGGUCAAAUCCAGCAUCUAUCCCUGACCCACAAGCAAGCUGUACCCUUUCUCACUGGUGGCUCUGGGGAAGGUCAAAUCCAGCAUCUUCUAUCCCUGACCCACAAGCAAGUCAUACCCGUUCUCACUGGUGGGUACUGGGAAAGGUCAAAUCCAGCAUCUAUCCCUGACCCACAAGCAAGCUGUGUACCCUUUCUCACUGAUGGAUGCUGGGAAAGGUCAAAUCACAGCUGUUAAUGGGCCGACCUGGGAAGAUUUAUUGACCUGGUUAAUUUGAACAGGAGUAUAACACCACCGAAACUUGGAGACUGUUUCCCUAUAUUGUCUUUCAUAGUUGCUGAUCACCCAUAGCUCCUACAACCUUCGGCCCAGAGAGAGAGGGAGAGGGAGAGGAGGGAUGUGUGGAGAAUGAUUCCUUUGUAUGUGACUGGGAGGGGCAUGUGACUGUGGGGUUUGUAAACAUACUGUGGGGUCCUGUGAGCUGAGAGAGAGAGAGAGAGAGAGAGAGAGAGAGAGAGAGAGAGAGAGAGAGAGAGAGAGUAUCAAA